CCGGCUUACGGUCCAUUCAGUAGUUUCUCCAAAGUCUACAUCCGAAGAUUAUCUCAGUGGGAGUGACAAAUGGAUACUUUGAUAGCAAUCCAAAUUAUUUUGCUUCAAACCUUGAUGGAUAGUGCUGUAUUUUGCCAUGGACGAGUAGUAAUUUCUCACGGAGAAGACAACGAUUCAGCAAACGUUAACGGCAGUGCAAACGGCAACACAUCAUAUCCAUACGAAGAAAACCCCUCUCGUCUCAGCAACUACUGGAUAGCCUUGUUGGUCAUUUGUCUGGUCCCAGCAACUGGGUUGCUCCUGUGUUUUAUACUGUGGAAACUACACUAUACAUGCAAACACAGUAGCUUUCAAUUUUCUUGCGGGGACAGAAAAUACGAACAUAUCAGUACAUUUCAUGAACGUCCAACAAAUACUUGCGAUAUAGAAUCGACGUCACUAAACGACGAAGAUCAAGUGUAAUACGAGACGGACACCGAAGGAAUGCCUCACACCAGACAAUUACACAUGGGAGGAAGCUUCUAAGGACUUUUUAAGUCCAAAAGAAGAAUCACCACAAAAGGAACUUUAAGGAAAAGCAGUGGAGAAUACUUAAAAUACAAGAAUGGAACAUGGACCGGUCAACCGAUACUUACACGGCAGACUAAGAGCAUUACUAUAUAUUGUUUAGGUCAAUGUUAUUGAUAUUGUACGAUGAGUUUUAUAUCAUAAUUUUCAGACAACUGUUUGUUUUAUAAUGAUUAUGUAUACAAAGAAUUAAACACCCAUAAAGUUUAACUGUUCAUGAAGACUUUAGAACAAAGCUUCACAAUUCUGCCAGGGCCAUUCUGUCAUUACCCUUACAUAUAUG